ACUUCCACACUGCCCAGCACUCCUUUAUAUGGUGUGAUCCUUCGACUUCCAAAGGACACUGUGUGCUCAGAAGGAACCUUGGGCAGAACAUGCUAACUCUUUCUUAUUAUUAUUGGCAGAGACUAAGUGGGCCAGGGCCAGGAGGAUGCCUCUGCCCAAUGAGACCCACUUCCAUUCCCCCACCUGCGUCCUGCUGGGGGUCCCAGGGCUGGAGGGGGCACACGGCUGGCUCUCCAUCCCCUUCUUCCUCGGGUACCUCGUGGCACUGCUGGGAAAUGUCACCAUCCUCUCCAUCGUCAAGACAGAGGCCAGCCUCCACCAGCCCAUGUUCUACUUCCUGUCCGUCCUCUCGGCCAUCGACCUGGGCCUCUCCACUUCCACCCUGCCCAAGAUGCUGGCCAUCUUCUGGUUUGGCCUGGGGGAGAUGAGCUUCGGGGCCUGCCUGGCUCAGAUGUUCUUCAUCCACAGUUUCACAGGCAUGGAGUCUGUGGUGCUGUUGGCCAUGGCCUUCGACAGGUACGUGGCCAUCUGUGACCCACUGAGAUACACCACAGUCCUGACCAAGGCACGGGUAGCCUGGAUGUGUGCAGCAGUGGUGUUGAGAACCUUUAUCCUUGUAUUGCCCAUUGCUUUGCUGACUCUCCGCUUGCCAUUUUGCAGUGGCCGCAUCAUCAUUGCUCACACGUACUGUGAGCACAUGGGCAUUGCCAAGCUGGCCUGUGCUGAUAUCAGGGUCAAUGUGGUCUAUGGGCUGUUCACUAUUGCCUUCCUCAUGUUGGAUGUGGUCCUGAUCAUAUUCUCCUAUGUGAGGAUCCUGCAGGCGGUUUUCGGGCUCCCUUCCAAGGAGGCCCGGUUGAAAUCCCUGGGCACCUGCGGCUCCCACAUUGCGGUGAUUUGCAUCUUCUACACCCCAGCCUUCUUCUCCUUCCUGACCCACCGCUUUGGACAAAACAUCCCCCAUUAUGCCCACAUCUUGAUUGCCAAUCUGUACGUCCUCCUGCCCCCUGUCUUUAAUCCAAUCAUUUAUGGUCUACGGACCAAGGAGAUCCACAGGAGAAUUGCACAUGUGUUGUGUCCACAAAGGACAGCUCUGACCAUUUCCUCCCGCUUCCCUUAA